AUGCUACUUCCCGCUAUAUUUUUUGCGGUGGCAGCCAACUCAAUUCCGUUUUCUUUUGGCGGAAAGUCAAAUAAUAAAAACACUGAUGGCAACCAGAAGGUCUCUUUGCAGCAAGAACAAGCAGCAAUAAUUAAUGGAAAACCUCGAAAUACUCAAACACCAAAACCAUCCAUUACUAAGUUUAGAAAGCUAUCGUUCAAUCAAGCCGCUAAUAUCCCGAUUGAAUUCCCAACUGAUACCGAAAAUUCAAAUAAUUUAGCUGAUGAAAUUAAGAAUCAAUUAACGUCAACUCCGAUGAUCGUCUUUUACUCGGUUUUGAGCUUAUGUAUCAUCAUUGCAAUUGGAAUCUUUAUGUUUUACAAAGAUCCAGAAGAUGAAGGUGUCGAAACAACCCAGGAUGCUGUCAUUGAACAUCAACUCCAGGAAGUUUUGGAUUCAAAGUUGGAAAAUGAGACAAUGGUCAUUUAA